AUGGACGGCUUCGCAGAUUAUGAGAGCGAUGAGGAGGCACAGGCGCCAGCACCAGCAGCCAUCCAGGACGAGGAGAGUGACGAGGAAGAGGACGAAGAUGCUGGAGCAGGGGAGAACGUAGAGCAGUCCAAGGGGGGGGAGGAGGAGGAGAGCAAGGAGGCGGAGAGCAAGAAGGAGGCAGCCCCCAAAAGGAAACUUCCUUCCGCCUUGGAUGCACUGGCCUCUGGAGGAGCGAAGCCAUCUUUCCUGAACACUGGAGGAGGCGACUUUGAAGUCGAGGAAGUGCAUGUGAAGGACAAGGGUGACUCGAGCGACCGCCAGCAGGAGCAGCCGCAACUGAGCAUCGCUGCUGCUACUCCCUCUUCAAACGACCCUGCAGAGUCAGCAGCUGGUGGGCUCAAGCAGUCAUCAGAUGCCGCGAGGAAGCGCAAGGGAGCAGGGGAUGCUCUUGCAGGGCAGAAGAAGGAUGUGAAAGAGAAAGUCAAGCAGCAACGUGUCCGUGGGCAGACACUUGGAGGCGAAACAAGGCGAUGGAAAUCGGAGGGAGAGAUGUUGCUGAGACAGCAGUUCGACUGA